UGUGGAUCUGAAUCACCGAGAGAAACGGCCGCAAACUACCCAGGCAGAGAGAGAGAAAAUCCUUAGAAAUUCUCACAUAAAAUGGAAGAAAAGGUAGAAUGGAAAAAAGCCCACUAUGCUUUUAAAUCACGGUGGGAGAGGACCGACGACCAUAUGUGCCGCAACAGCAUGUCUUUCUUCCUUCAUAAAACUAUCAGGAGUGACUUCUUUUCGAGUUACCUCUUUCUCUUGGAGCAACUGCCUUUGGUGAAACUGUUCACUAUGACAAGUGAAGUUAUUAAUGGUGAAAUGCAGUUCUACGCCAGAGCUAAACGUUUCUAUGAAGAGGUGCCAGCAACAGAGGAGGGUAUGAUGGGAGACUUUUUGGAACUCAACAGCAUAGAUGUGGAGGCCUCCAGUGUGUUUCUAAGGAAGUUUGUAGGAGGCCCAGGAAAGGCUAAUACCAAAUAUGCCUUGGAUUGUGGCUGUGGAAUUGGCAGAGUCACCAGAUAUGUCCUGCUUCCUGUUUUCUCCUCUGUUGAUGUGGUGGACAUGAUGGAUAACUUUUUAUUUGAAGCUCUUUCCUACAUAGGAACAGAUGUGAGAAAAGUGAAGGAUUAUUUCUGCGUUGCUUUACAGGAGUUCACUCCACCCAUCAAAAAAUAUGAUGUUAUUUGGAUCCAGUGGGUAACAGGACAUUUAACAGAUAAGGAUCUGAUGGAAUUCCUAAUAAAAUGCAAGUGCAGCCUGAAGGAUGAAGGAGUUAUCAUCAUUAAAGAUAAUGUUGGUCGUCAGGGAUGCAUCCUGGAUCAAACAGACAGUAGUGUGAUUCGGGAGAUUGAGAUUCUGAGGAACAUAAUAGCUAAAGCUGAUUUGGAGAUCAUCUGUGCAGAGAAACAGCUGGACAUCCCUGAACAGUUUGUACCUGUGUGGAUGCUGGCCUUGAAAUAGCAAUUCCUUCUGACUAACUUCAUUUACAGGCUUUGCAAAUCCUCCCCCUGCAUCC